UUUGCCAUCCCUCUUCCGAAAACCGAUACGCCGUUGAUUGGUGGCCCUGGACCGAAAAUCUUUGCACCAGUCACUGUGUCAUCCGAGCGUAUAAAAGUCCUCAAUCGCUUCGAUUUGCUCGCUAUAAUUCGUUUUUCAUCGCAAGUUUCAGUGCCACGUCCUUUGGAUUUCCAUUUUCUUCUCAAUCCAUUAAGCAGGACGCCAUUUUUCCGCCCCUGCGUCACGUCAUCCGCCCCGUUUACUGCUGGAUUGGAGAUCAUGCCCCACACAGGUCAAGCCGGAGUCAAUCAGUUGGGUGGCGUUUUCGUUAAUGGACGACCUCUACCAGAUUACGUUCGCCGACGGAUCGUUCAGCUGGCGCUCCUCGGUGUUCGUCCGUGCGACAUUUCACGACAAUUGCUCGUCUCUCACGGAUGCGUUUCUAAAAUACUCACCCGUUUUUAUGAAACAGGAUCCAUCCGGCCCGGAUCGGUUGCCGUCAACAACAAGCACAAGAUCGCGACGCCUAGCGUCGUCCGCAAGGUUCUACGACUGAAGAGCGAACGGCCAUCGCUUUUCGCUUCUGAGAUCCGCGAAGCUUUGCUGAGCCAACGAAUUUGCGAUCCAGGUCAGGUGCCAUCAGUUUCAUCCAUUAAUCGAAUCCUCCGCGAGGCUGCAUCCGCUUCCAGUUCUUUAGCGGCAGAAUGGCCCGGUCUAAUGGUAGGUCAUCACAUGCAGCAGCUUUUCAUCGGCAAUCAAUCAGCAACGCUCCAGCAACACCACGAAGCGUUGCCUGGAACGGCACAGCAAUCGGCCGGACUUUCAAAUAUGCAUCAAUUGGAUUUGUCGAUUCCAUCGACAUCAGCCACAUCAUCCAGCUACGAUCCAGCGCCAUUAGAUUGUAGUAGCAGCAAGCGGACGUCUGACGUCCAUCCAGUCGUUCCAUCUCCAGUUGCGCAAUCUCAAACUGUUAAACGUAAAAAGAUUUCGUACGCCAUCGAAGAUUUGCUGAAAAAGGACGACAGUUAAAG